AACCGAGGGGUAAAACAGUAAAUCAAUAAAAUUUCAGUUUUAGCGGGUGAAACGAUUUCAUAUUUCGCGGUGGUUGCGGAAACAAAACACCAACGGCUUUGCCUAUACCCAUAACAACCCGCCUCAUCUGAUUCUCCAACUCCGUUAUCUCUAUCUCCGGUCACCCACCGGCGGCCACCGAGACAGAGAAAACGGUUUCACCUAUUAACCUAUCUUCCCCCUUUCUCUUUAUCGUACAAUUCAAACACAAACACAAAAGCGAUCGUUGCUUUGCUUCGCAGAUAAUCGAAUUAUCGUGUAUGUUUAUUUUCCCUUAGGUUUUGUGAGUAAUGUGGAAAAUACGAUAGCGAAACGUUGAAGAAACGAAAUGGAUAAGAGAGGCGUUGUUGCUGUUGCAAUUGCAACGAUUACGAAAUUGUUAAUUUUCGUGUUAGUGUUUUGACCUUUGUUUUGUGAAGAUUAGAGAAACGACGACGUCCGUUAUGGAAGUCGGAGAGGAAGAAGGAAACACAGUUGAGAGGAUUUUUGUUGCGAUCAGAGUAAGGCCUUUGAACGAGAGAGAAAAAGCGAGACAAGAUGUGACGGAGUGGGAAUGCGUUUCUCAUAACGGCGUCAGAUUGAAGAACAAUGGCUGUGCUGAACCGCGGUCGCCGGCGGAUACAUAUACAUUUGAUAAGGUAUUUGGGGAAAAGUGUCCUACUAAGCAGGUGUAUGAGCAAGGGAUUAAGGAUGUUUCCCUUUCAGUAGUUAGGGGUAUCAACUCUAGCAUUUUUGCAUACGGGCAAACAAGCAGUGGAAAGACAUAUACCAUGUCAGGAAUUACUGAACUUGCUGUGAGGGAUAUAUAUGAAUACAUAGAAAAGCAUAAAGAAAGAGAGUUUAUUGUGAAGUUCUCUGCCAUGGAAAUAUAUAAUGAAGCUGUGAGAGACCUUCUCAAUUCAAAUGCUACCACACUAAGACUCCUAGAUGAUCCAGAGAAAGGGACUAUUGUUGAGAAACUUACUGAGGAGACUCUGACAGAGAGAAGUCGGUUGCAGCAACUUAUAUCAAAAUGUGCAGCUGAAAGGAUAACGGAAGAGACUGCCAUGAAUGAAACAAGCUCCAGAUCUCAUCAAAUUCUUAGACUGACAGUUGAAAGCAAUCCAGGUGAUUUUGUAGGCACUGCAAGAUCUGGCGCGCUAUUUGCCAGUGUGAAUUUUGUGGAUCUAGCAGGAAGUGAGCGUGCUUCUCAAGCAUUAUCAGCAGGCUCAAGAUUGAGAGAAGGCAGCCACAUAAAUCGCAGUUUACUGACCCUCGGAACAGUAAUCAGGAAACUAAGCAAGGAAAGAAAUGGGCACAUACCUUACAGAGACUCUAAGCUUACUCGCAUUCUGCAUAACUCUUUAGGAGGCAAUGCCAGAACAGCCAUCAUUUGUACAAUAAGUCCUGCCCGCAGCCAGGUUGAGCAAUCAAAAAAUACUCUAUUUUUUGCUGGUUGCGCAAAACAGGUGACUACUAAUGCUCGGGUCAACGUCGUGAUGUCAGACAAGGUUUUGGUAAAGCAACUACAAAAGGAAUUGUCUAGAAUGGAGAAUGAGUUGAAGAGCUUAAAUACCACCGUACUAAAGGAAAGGGAACUUCAGAUUAAACAGAUGGAUAAGGAAAUUAAAGAUUUGACCCGGCAACGUGAUCUCUUUCAAAAUUUGCUCAAGUCAGUUGGGAAAGAUGGGGUUUUAAGAGUAGAUCAAGAUUGGGCCUCAGAAUUGUCAGGCGUUGCUAAUGAUCCUAGUCCAGUUAGAUGCAUCAAUUCUGGGCAUUUUGACAGAACAACAUCCAUUUCGUCUAUUUCUAAUGAGCACCUUUUCAAGCAAUCUGAGAAUUCUGAAGACAACUUUCUCUUGGAUGGUUGCCCUCCCACGUUUGUUGGGCCUGAUCCAUGUCAAGGUUGGGAGGAAAUGGAUAGGAGAUCUGAAUCUGGAGAUAACUGCAAGGAAGUGCCUUGUAUUGAAAUAAAAGAAGUAGAAACAGAACACAAAACAGAUAUUAAUAUGUCCAUUCCUGCUUUUGAAGAAAACGAAAGAAAUUCUCCUGUGAUUCAAUUUAAGGAAGUAGAUGAUAAAUCAUCCUCAGGGAAUGGGCAUAGUGAUCAAGAUGCAGUUCAGCAAAAAACUGAGGAGAUUAAAAGGACCAAGGACCAUCUUGUGGACCGCUCAGAAAAAUGUAACGACACAUUUGAAUCCAAAUCUAGUUGCUUGGCUGCCAUGUCUCCUCAAGUAGAUAAGGUUGAUCAGGAAGAUUCACCACACUCUCCAUUCGGUAAGUUGGAGCAGAAUGUGUCACCUCCUUUGUUUAAUAAGCUAGACCAGGAAUCCACAUCACCUCUUCAGUUUGAUCUGGAAGAUUCACCACAUUCUCAAUUCGGUAAGUUGGAGCAGAAUGUGUCACCUCCUUCGUUUAAUAAGCUAAACCAGGAAUCCAAAUCACCUCUUCAGUCUGAUCAGGAAGAUUCACCACAUUCUCAAUUCGGUAAGUUGAAGCAAAAUUUGUCACUUCCUUCGCUUAAUAAACUAGACCAGGAAUCCACAUCACCUCUUCAGUCUGAUCAGGGAGAGCUUAAAACUGUGUCACCUCCUGAACUUGAUGAUCUGGACCAAGUAUCAUUCAAAUCACCAGCUGGUGUUGAAAACGAAUAUUCUCUUCAGUCUGAUCAGGAAUCCACAUCACCUCUUCAGUCUGAUCAGGAAUCCACAUCACCUCUUCAGUCUGAUCAGGAAUCCACAUCUCCUCCUCAGUCUGAUCAAGAAGAGCUUAAAACUGUAUCACCUCCUGAAUAUGAUGAUCUGGAACAAGUAUCAUUCAAAUCACCGGCUGGUGUUGAAAAGGAAUAUUCUACUAAUUUGGAAUGCUUUCCUGAGAAGCUAUUCGAACCGAAGUUACGCGCUAAAAGAAGAAAAUCUUCCAGAAAAUCUUCUCUAAUUCACAAGAUGAAUGCUUCCGUGGAAGAUGCAGAAUCUGUUAUGGAUUCUGAUUCAGAGGAAACUGCCAGCGUCCUCAAUUUUGUAGCAAGAAUGAACGAAAGUAAGCCAAAACCAGUGGACAUGGACAUUAAUAAUCUUAUGGUACCUGUGAGGACGCCUCAGAUCAAUAAAAAUGUGAACAGAGUAAAAGGUCUCAGUUUCCCCGGAGUUUGGGGGGAUUUAAUACCCUCUAAAUUUGAGAUGCAGCAGAGAGAUAUAAUCAAACUUUGGGAUACAUGCAAUGUGCCACUUGUACAUAGAUCCUAUUUUUUCCUUCUCAUCCAAGGCGAACUUUCGAAUUCAGUGUACUUGAAUGUAGAGCUCAAACGUUUGUCCUUUUUAAAGGACACUUUUUCAAGCGGACAAUACAUUACAGGAGAAGAAGGUGUUGAUGUCACACCUAAAUCAAGCCUCGCGUCUCUGACUCGUGAGAGGAAAAUGCUCAGUAAGCAAGUGCAUAAAAAGUUUUCAAGGAGGGCAAAAGAGGAACUAUACCUGAAGUGGGGUAUUGAUUUAAAGACUAAGCACAGAAGUACACAAUUGACAUGGCUCAUAUGGACAGAUACAAAAGAUUUGAACCACGUAAGAGAAAGCGCUGCACUUGUUGGGAAGCUGGUUGGUUUUAUUAACAUGGGCGAGGCCUCAAAGAAAACAUUUGGACUUGGCUUUUUAAUACGACGUAAAAGCAAGGAAUCCCUCGAUUGGAAGGAUACAAUGUCUUCUCUUUAAUAUAGUUAGCUUGAGAGAAAGUAAACGAAGACAUUUCAGCUGAUUAAAUUCAGGCUUAUUUUUUCUGCAUGGUCUGUCAUGGGAAUGAGAAAAACCCUUUGUCACACAUCAUACGUCUCACAUUAUACUUGAUACCGAAGCCAAGAAUAGUAAAAGAAAAGUGGGGAGACAAACAAAAGAAAAAUAAAAUUCUUGUGCAAAUAAAUCUUGUUCCACUGUUUAAAGUAUUUGCUCGUUCAAAUAACCUACAAUUUCCGGUAAGAGCUGAGAAUAACCCCACUUUAUAUAUUUUAGGACUGAGGGAGUAUUGUGGAACGCAUAUUGUGUAAUGACUUGUUCCUCAUUAAAAAUUCAAUUAUAUAUAUUAAUUUAUUAA